CCAAGGGCUGUUUCAGUGUCUCCGGCGGUGCUUCUUUUGUGCCACGCGAAUGCGUGGCGGCGAAUCGUGCGGCUUGCAGUGCUCUGUUGAUCAUGGCAUGCACACAUCUCAAAUUAUGACUAUUGUAGUCAUUAUUAAUAGUUUUCGUUGUGCCAGGCGUUACCUACAAACGUCGUGCUGACUGAAACACAAAGCAAAUAAUUUGGGUCCCCGCGGUGUCCUACGCCCCCGCUUGCGUUCCCCGCUUCGGGCCUGCUGUUGAAGACGCGGCAUAUUCCGCCAUGCGUGCCCCUGCCCUGAAUAACGUUGCCCUGACGGCCACAGUUGUGGGCGGGGCAGUGGGCGUCGCGGCCUACAUUUGGCUGAGACGCAAAGCAACAGACGCCAGCGAUUUUGUGCCCGUGGGUCACGUGGCCAGCAUUACGAUUCAUCCAAUCAAGUCCAUUGGUGGAGUAGAUGUGCCUUACGCAGACUGCACGGUGGCUGGACCAGUCUACAAAGGGCUCAAGGACAGGCAAAUGCUCGUUAUCAAGGGCGACUCCUUCGUCUCAAUGCGCGAAGAACCCCGCCUUGGCAUGAUCAGGGUCGCUUUCGAUGAGGACAAGCUGACACUGACGCUGACAGUUGAUGGGUAUCCAUCACUAACUGUGGAUGCCUGUGAUCCCGAAGAGCAGAGGAAACCUACGUUCACCGUCAAGGUUCGAACGUUCAGUUAUAAAGCCAUUGAAGUGUCUGAAGAAGCUACAAACUGGUUCAAGAACUACCUCACGCAUGACGAUGCUCGUCUGGUGCGGAUUAUCCUUGACAAAGCGACCGUCAUCAGAGGGAAGAAUGGCGCUGCGCCGGUGGCCUUCCAAGAUGAGUCAUCAUUCAAUGUCCUCUCAAAGGCGUCUUUGGAUGGGCUGUUGUCUAAGCUGCCUGCGGAUAGUAACAUUCAGCGGCGCAAUUUUCGACCCACGCUCUUUAUAGACGGCUGUGAAGCUCACUCAGAAGACCACUGGCGACGCUACAGGAUCUCGGGCGCAGAGAUGGCAUUCUUAGACCGCACAACAAGGUGCAUCUUGACUACCGUAGAUCAAGACAAGGGCAUUAGGACUGACAAAGAGCCGCUUGUGACAUUGCGCCAAUACAGAAUCGACAGGUCUGAAGAAGGAGUGAAGAAGUACAAAUUGCAGCCCCUCUUUGGCAUAGGCUCAUUUCACGUCAGAGAUGGCAGAAUCGCGGUCGGAGAUGAAGUCCACGCUAUACUGUCCCCAAAUCCACUACUGUGAACAGUAAUUCCGGUAGCAAAUAUAAGAUGUUUCUGUGUUUUCUUC